AUGCACAUAUCACCUUCCGUCUUCGGUUCUACCCCGUACCCUGUUUAUAUGCGAGAUGGCGCUGGUGGAGGUGGCGGUUCUCAACUUCGAGAAUGGUCCUCCUUUAUUGGCAUCGUGACUGCCAUUGUGGGCAAUCUGCUCAUAUCCUUCGCUCUCAACACCCAGAGAUACGCCCAUAUCCGCAUAGAUCGCGAGCAUAAGGAGUGGAGAAGGAGUGGAUCAGGACAGUCCCCAAAAUCAAAACCUCGAACUGAAUAUGGGGCUACGCUGCAGGAAGAUAUUGCCGAGGAACGCAGUCGCAUCAAUCUUGGGGGAGCAUCAUGGAAUAGAACGCCUUCAGUUGCCGCUCUCGAACCAUCCUUGCAAGCGGCAUUCGAGCCCCGGAAGUCAAAAGGUUCUCACGAGAAGGAUGAGGACGAUGACCAGGGAAGGGAGUCGUACCUCAAGUCACCUUACUGGUGGCUGGGUCUCAUUCUGAUGAUCAUUGGAGAGGCUGGCAAUUUUCUGGCAUACGGUUUUGCACCUGCCUCAAUUGUGAGCCCCUUGGGAGUGGUCGCCUUGAUAUCGAACUGCCUAAUUGCUCCUUUAAUGCUUAAAGAACAUUUCCGAAAGCGCGAUUUUGGCGGGGUGCUUGUCGCCGUUGCCGGUGCUGUCACGGUCGUGCUCUCUGCCAGUUCUAGCGAGGAAAAACUCGGCCCGGGGGAGUUGUUGAAAACCAUCAAGCGAUGGGAGUUCCUCCUUUACGUUGUCAUCACCUGCUUGCUCAUUGCGGGUUUAUUGUGGGCCAGUCCGCGUUAUGGUCGCAAAACUAUUCUUGUCGAUCUUGGCUUGGUCGGGCUCUUCGGUGGAUAUACCGCGCUAUCGACGAAGGGUGUGGCAUCCUUGCUUUCGACGUCUCUGUAUAAAGCAUUCACUUAUCCUAUUUUAUACUUCCUGGUUGUCGUCUUGGUCGCCUCGGCACUCAUGCAAAUCCGAUAUCUCAAUCGAGCCUUGCAGAAUUACGACUCUACUCAAGUGAUUCCAACACAAUUCGUUCUGUUCACAUUGUCGGUAAUCAUUGGUUCAGCUGUCUUAUAUCGAGAUUUCGAGCACACCGGAACGCGCCAGGCCAUGAAAUUCAUUACCGGUUGUUUCCUGACAUUUUUUGGUGUUUAUCUCAUCACCAGCAAACGGAGCAGUCUCGACGAUAUUGAUCCUGAAGAUGCUAAUGAAGAUGAGAUCAUUCAGCUGAUCAACGAGGAGGCGGAGGACAUUAAUGAACAGACUCCGUUGAAACGCGAGCGAGAUUCGACCUUACUUCCGAAUGGAAUUGAGCACAAUGAGGAAGCAACUGGCGUCUAUACUCCUCACCGACCUUCUACUGCAUCAUCCUCAGUCCCUUCGAUUGCUGUCACGCCUGCGGCAGAGCCUUGGGAGGACAUGCACAGGCAACCGUGGUCGGUCGACACACCAGAUGGAGGUGCACCGCCACGUACUCCACAAAUUGGUAGAAUUCAGGCAGAAUCGGGCGCGACACCGUUCUUUACACCUGGCACAUCCAAGCCUCUUCACCGAACCGCCUCAUCUCCCGCCAACCCCAGUACUCCCGUAGGGCCAAACAACCCUGGUCCUCCAAACCCUGAUCCGCUUGACUCGCCCUAUCCUGAGCCAGGCUUUCUCAAGCGCUCUGCACGUGGCAGUAUUUCCCGCCUUCUCCCUGGGCCUCUAAUGGCACCUCUAUCGUCUUCCCUCAGUGCCCUGGUGGCAGAUUCAAUUCUCAAAGGUGAAGGGGCUUCACGUUCCGCCAGAGCGAGGAUUCGUCGUACUCGCUCCGCUCGCCAUCAUUCCGAAGACGACCGGCGACGGUUUGUUCCAGUUGAUAUGGAUGAUAACCCAUUGAAUGCUCGAUCUGCAGAGAAUCUGAGUAGACAAAAUACCCGUGACACCAUGCCACUUCCAGGGCUUAGGGAUGCCAUUGAAGAGGAAGAACAAGGACCAAGGAAGACCAGGCUGAGAGCAUUGAGUGAGACUUUAUCGGGGAUGAUGGCGAGAGGGAAGGGGAAGGGAAGAGAAAACUACCACUAUGCCCCGAACGGAAGUCAAGUAUGA